GAAAAUAAUCACAUGUUCUCGUAGUCUAAGUGCGGUCUCAGUCCACGCGAACGCGGAGUACUUCAGGCAUGGAGUUACUCACAUAUAGAGCUUUUUUAAUGAUAUUACUGUGCAUUGGUACUAUAAACCAGUUCUCCCAGCGGAUCUGUCUGAGCAUGGCAAUUGUUUGCAUGACAAACCAUACGGCCGUGUCGUUACGGGACCAGGAAGCCACAAAUCAAGAAGCUGAAAGACGUAAUAGAACACACUGCGCCGCGUCACAAAGUCGGUUUUCAAAUAACAGCAAAACUAUGGAGGAUGGUCCAUUUGCCUGGGAUCCACAGACACGCGGACAUAUUCUUGGUGUUUUCUUCUGGGGCUACCUAGCUGGGCAAAUUCCCAGUGGCUUAUUACUUCGGAGGUUCGGCGCUCGUCGAACAAUGCUGAUCAAUCUGAUUGUAUUUGGGUCUGCUACUGCACUCAUCCCAUUCGCACUGAUGUACAGUGUAUAUCUGCUCUAUGUUCUCCGGAUAGUUUCUGGCUUUGUAUCCUCUGCAUGGUUUCCUGGAUUCUACCAAAUAUGGGCUUCCUGGGCUCCCCCCAUUGAGCGUGGUGUCCUGGUUGGCGUGUCAUUUGGUGGAAUGCAAAUUGGAAAUGCGCUUGCUCUGUCGAUGACCGGUGCAUUCUGCCAAACUUCAGUCGGAUGGCCCCUGGUAUUUUAUUUCUAUGGGGCAUGUAGCCUUGCCUACUGCAUGCUUUGGCUACUUUUCGUCUACGACACACCGUCAGAAAACCCAAGGGUUUCAAAUAAGGAAAGGGAAUUUUUGCUGGCCGUGUGCGGAAACGCCGGAAGAAAUCAGGAACGUGCGCCACCGAUACCUGUCUUGAAAAUGGUGAAAUCCUUGCCGCUCUGGGCUUUCCUUCUGUUUGUUAUCGGAUACGACUGGAACAAUUACACGUUCCUUACAAUCAUACCAACGUACAUGCGUGAAGUUCUGGCUUUUGAUAUUUCGGAGAACGCUGGUUUAUCGUCCUUACCGUUCCUUGGCCUUCUGAUCGGCCAAAUUUUCUCCGGUUGGCUGACUGACUGGAUUUUGGCUCGAAAGCUGCUUUCAGUGAAUGUGGUGCGAAAGUCUGCAACGGCGAUUGGAAUGUUCGUGCCCGGCGUAGUCCUGAUCGUGAUUAGUCUGCUCGACUGUCAGCACAAGUACACCGUAGUUGCCAUCUUCACCUUUGGGUUAAUGUUCAAUAGCGGUGUAUUUGCUGGUGGGUUCCUGAACCCAAUCGAACUCAGUCCAAGACAUGCUGGGAUUAUCCUUUCAACUGCAAACACCCUGAGUGCGUUGACUGGGGUAUUUGCACCUAUGUUGGCUGGUGUGCUGACACCCCACGGUUCUUACCAUGAAUGGCGCAGCGUGUUUUUUGUGGGCACGGCUGUUUACUUUGCAACCGGCAUGUUUUUCGUGUGUUGUUCAUCGACCGUGAUUCAACCCUGGGCUAUCGAUCCAAGGGGCGUUUCAUGCGGUGGGGAUUUGGAAAUUCCAGUCAACCUGAGCCUUUCGUCCAGUUCCAUUGAUUCGAAAGCGGCCUGGCAUCAAAAGAGAGAAAACGACAUGUUUUCUGUCAAAGUAGCAAACUCCUGAUUUCAUCUUUCUCUUUUCUAGCCAUAUAUGUGCCGACGUAUUUUCCAUUUUCUCUAACAGUUCUGCGCCGCAUCGUGUUGUGCAAUCUGUAUUCGAACGUCAA